UAAUGUGCAUGGCAAAGGCUUAAUCGGGUCCAUUCCAGAUUCCAUCGGUUCCUUGAGCAGGCUGACCUAUCUGAGUCUAGCAGGUGGCAAUCUGAUUGGGUCUAUUCCAUCUACCAUCGGCAACAUGAUCAGCCUUAUAACCCUAGAUCUCAACGACAAUGCUCUGAGUGGGUCUAUUCCGUCCACAAUCGGCAAAAUGAGCAGCCUCGAGACAUUGUUUCUCUCUAAUAAUGCUCUAAGUGGAUCUAUUCCAUCCACCAUCAGUAAAUUGAGCAGCCUCAUUAUGUU